GUACGCAUGCGCACUCAAACACGUACCUUGUGGAGCCGGAAGAACGAGCUGCAGCAGCAAAACCGGAACAAGAGAACAACAAGAAGAACAAGAACAACAACAACCUCCAGAACCUCCAGAACCUUUAGACCCGGACUCAGACCCGGACUCCGCCUCUUCAGCGCAGCUCUGUCCGGACACAGGAGCCUGGUCGCGACCAUGUUCCUGAUCAGGACCAGGACCUUCUGCUCCAAACCUCUGCCAGUGCUCACCCUGUUCACCAAGGACCCGUGUCCUCUGUGUGAUGAGGCCAAAGAGCUGCUCGAGCCGUUCAGACACAGAUUGGUCCUGCAGACUGUGGACAUUUCUAAACCGGAGCACAGAGAGUUCUGGGACCGGUACCGGUUCCACAUCCCAGUGUUCCACCUGAACGGAACCGAGAUCAUGAGACACAGACUGGACCCCGAGAGACUGGACCAGCUCCUGAACCAGGACCAGGACCAGAAACAGGACUGAACCAGACCUGGACCAUGACUGGACCAAGACUGACAGAAUGUGGGACUGGAGCAAAGGUUUGGACCUGGAUCAUAACCGGUUUUCAGAGUGUUUUUGUUUCAGUUUUUGUAAAUAAACGUGUGUGAAGCUCC